CAAGCUGCCAUUUAUAAACAAACUAUUUGAGCAGAAGGUUUAGUCUGUGGUAUAAAUGAUUGUCGCUGUAGAACGUCAGGGAUGCACCAUAAUUAUAGUUUUACAAUUGUCUUGAUAAUUUUAUUGGGUUUGCUUCUGUCACUUAAUAUUCUAAUUUUCAGCUUUGUUUUGGAGGAAAAUAAAUUCAGAAAUUCCAGAUAUUUUAUUAACGAUCUGACAGAAUUCCCAUUCUUCUGUGAUGAUUUAUCAUUAAGUGCUGAUGAGGAUGAAGACACUUUUAAUGUGAAGAAAAAUCUGUACAGAUAUUUCUUGCACAAACGCAGAUACAUUUGCAGUUUUCGGAAUCUUACGGAACCAUUACAGAAGUUUGUUGAAAGGGAGUCAAGAUUAAGACUUGCUUCAGGGCUAGAGGGGGAAAGGUAUUUACAAUGUGGAAACGAGAGUCUGAGAGAACCUUCCGGCUAUUUGAGUGCUACUUUCAGAAAAGUCUCAUGGCACCAGACUUACGAAGGCAUAGGAUCAAACCUCGUUCUUCACUGGGACAAACAUCCGAAGAAUUCAUUUAUUUCCGAAGAUCUUGUCUAUCAUAAAGGAGAAAUCAAAGUACCAGAAGGCCAGUUCUGCUUUUUGUAUUCUUCUGUUUUAAUCAACUUAACCAACGUCAUGAUCCAUAUCGGAAAUGCAUACAGGUUUAUUCUCCAAGUUUGUGUUAACAGUCAUGGUUAUGAGCGCACUCUUUUGUAUAAAUCUCAAAGUUACAAACCAAGUGGAACCAAUUCGAUAUCAUCGCUGGCUGUUGCCGGACAUGUUUACAUUGCAAGAGGCGAUGCUGUUUUCGUCAAAGUGUCCGAAGCAAGCCGAAUAAUAAUCAAUUCAGUUGGAAAUAUGUUCGGAAUUCUGCCACUCCGCUAACAGAAAGGAACUAACACACAGUUAAGUUACUAUUUAUAACGUUGAAAUUCAAAAUCAAAAUAGUCGGAUUAGAUCUACUUGUUCUUGUGAUAUUCAAAUAGUAUCUUAUCUGACAGUUUGUAUCAGAAGCAAUGAGACAACGGUAUAGGAACAAUUCAUUUUGCAGUUUUACAUUACCUGUUCGAAAUAUGAUCACCUAUAUCAAUUAUUAGUAUAUACUGUUAAUUUAUAUAACUUUGUGGCCAAAACAGUACGGUGGUUUUGUUCAAAACGGAUAUUUCUGUGAGAUAUGAAUUCGUAGAUUUCAAAUUUUGAACAAAAAAAAAAGGAAUUGGAAUAAUUAUUUUAUUUGUUCAUUGAGAUAUAAUUUUGUGGACUGACUCAACCACAAAAUCCAUGAAAUUAAAUUUCCCAUUAAAAUUCAAAAGUAUGCGUUUUUGUUUUAACACCAUAUGACAGGCCCGAAACGAUUUGCAUAAUCCUAAAGGCCGAGAAAUAUUUGUAUCACAAGAGACAGCAUGUGACGUUUCUAAUUCUUUGCAUUAUUUGGCUGAAUAUUUGUGGUAUGCCUACCUCGCAAUGUUUAGUUGCAUUAUCUUGCAUUUUUCUUUUCAAAACAAUAAGACCAGGGUACGUUUUUCAAUUCAGUGUCUAAAAACUGUAUUACUCUUUGAAAAUUGAUCACAAAAGUUUCAGAAAUGUACAAUGAUUAAUUGCCAUUGAUCCUUUGAAUACAUGUGACAGUUUCGCAUUGUGUCUUGUUAAAACUGGCUGCUACUAUUAUACGAAUAUUAUAUUUUAGCACUGACAAGUUUUGCGCUCUAUAAAAUAGACAAAGUUUUACAAAAUUGCGAAAUUACCUUCAAAAGGAAACAUAAAUAUAAAAGAAAUAUUACUGACGUGUAUAGAAACUACUUAUUAGGCUUUAAUUAAGCUAAUAUUUCAGUAUGAUACUAUAUUUAGAACUGUUUUUGUUUUAAGAAUAUACUAAAUGAUACGCUACAAAACCAUUUACCUGCAAAUACAAGGACUGCGUGUAUUAAUUACUACUUUCAGUAAUGCAUAUCGUCUUUCAUUAUUUUCCGUAUAUUUUAGUCAUACUGGCAAUCUUUAUAUUUUAGUCUAAUACUGAUAAUCUGUAUAUUCUAGUCUAAUACUGAUAAUCUGUAUAUUUUAGUCUAAUACAGGUAAUCUGUAUAUUCUAGUCUAAUACUGGUAAUUUGUAUAUUUUAGCCUAUUUAUUUAUUUAUUUAUUUAAGUCUCAAUUACAUACAUGACAUAUCAAUAAACAAUAUACAGAUGA